AUGCAUGUUUUUGAAGUGGGUGAAAAGGUUACUAAGUGGACAGGUAAAAGCACUAGAGAUGGGAAUGGAUUCAAGCUUUGGUAUUCUGGAGCGCCUAAGUCGAUAAAUGGAGUAGGGAUCAUCAUGACAGAUCGACUUAAAGACUUUGUAGUACAUGUGGAAAGACACGGGGAUAGGUUGAUGUUGGUGAGAUUAGUGAUACAUGAGGAGACUAUAAACGUGAUCAGCGCGUAUGCCCCCCAGUCGGGCCGGAGUGAGGGAGAGAAGAAGAGUUUUUGGGACUCACUGGAUGAGCUCGUGAGGAGUUGCCCGGAUGACCAACGACUAGUUUUAGGAGGAGACUUAAAUGGGCAUAUAGGAGUACAGUCAGACGGCUACCCGGGUGUACACGGGGGUUUAGGAUUUGGUCGGAGGAAUGAAGAGGGACGCAUGAUAUUGGAAUUCGCUACUGCGCAUGACCUGGUAAUAGCAAACUCGUUCUUCCGAAAGAGGAAAUCUCAGCUGAUUACCUUCCAGAGAGGCCGCAAUGAAACGCAGAUCGAUUACUUCCUGGUGCGUAAGGAGACUUCAGGGCUUGUAAAGAUUGCAAGACGAGCAACCAAGACAGAGAAAGCUGUAAGGCCAAGAAUCCUUUGGAAAAACCUUAUGGGUGAAGCAGCAGAGACGUUUAGAUCGACGACCAGCGCGAGGUUCUCAUUAGAGAUUCAAAACGUCGAGCAUAUGGAUGCUGAUCAGCUGUGGACACACUUGGUAAAGGGUAUGAGGGAGACGGCAAAGGCGGUACUAGGGGAAACAAGAGGGACAAGUAGUCAGCGUAAAGGGGGUAGGGAAUCUUGGUGGAUCAGUGAAGAGGUUCAGACCAAGGUUGCGACAAAACUUAGUUGCUUUAAAGAACUUAUCAAGAGCAAGCAAAACGGGACAAAUGAGGACUGGUCCUUGGCUAGGCAGAGAUACUACGAAGCCAAGAAAGAGGCAAAGAAGAUUGUAGCUAUAGCAAAAGAAAGAGCGUACGAAGAACUGUAUAAGAAACUAGACUCCAAGGAAGGAAAAAACGAUAUAUUCAGAAUUGCUAAAGCGAGGGAGAGAAAACGUAUGGAUUUAGGAGACGUCAUCUAUAUAAAGGAUGAAAGCGGACGAAGCAUUGUGAAAGUGGAAGACAUUAGGAAAAGAUGGGAAGAGUACUUCGCCAACCUGUUUAAUAGGAGAGAGUCGGGGCGAAGUGAAGGAGGAAUCGAUCACGGUAUUCACUCAGACAUAUGUUGUGACGACGACGAUACUCCGAGGAUCAGCCAAGAGGAAGUAAGGCUCGCCCUAAAGAAGAUGGGGAGAUCAAAGCAACAGGUCCAGACCAAAUUCCUAUCGAGGGAUGGAGAUGCUUGGGAGAUGUGGGGAUAA